AUGGCUCUCUGUCCUGGACACCUCCGUGGUCCAGUCAAUGGAGCGUCUGAACCGACAGUACUGAAGGAUCAGCUAUCCCAGGGUGUCAAGACACCACCAGCAAGAACGCGCGUGUAUAAGGAUAUUGACAAUCGACUUUCCAGACUGAAGGAUCAGCUAUCCCAGGGUGUCAAGACACCACCAGCAAGAACGCGCGUGUAUAAGGAGAUUGACAAUCGACUUUCCAGACUGAAGGAUCAGCUAUCCCAGGGUGUCAAGACACCACCAGCAAGAACGCGCGUGUAUAAGGAUAUUGACAAUCGACUUUCCAGACUGAAGGAUCAGCUAUCCCAGGGUGUCAAGACACCACCAGCAAGAACGCGCGUGUAUAAGGAGAUUGACAAUCGACUUUCCAGACUGAAGGAUCAGCUAUCCCAGGGUGUCAAGACACCACCAGCAAGAACGCGCGUGUAUAAGGAGAUUGACAAUCGACUUUCCAGACUGAAGGAUCAGCUAUCCCAGGGUGUCAAGACACCACCAGCAAGAACGCGCGUGUAUAAGGAGAUUGACAAUCGACUUUCCAGACUGAAGGAUCAGCUAUCCCAGGGUGUCAAGACACAACCAGCAAGAACGCGCGUGUAUAAGGAUAUUGACAAUCGACUUUCCAGACUGAAGGAUCAGCUAUCCCAGGGUGUCAAGACACCACCAGCAAGAACGCGCGUGUAUAAGGAGAUUGACAAUCGACUUUCCAGACUGAAGGAUCAGCUAUCCCAGGGUGUCAAGACACCACCAGCAAGAACGCGCGUGUAUAAGGAUAUUGACAAUCGACUUUCCAGACUGAAGGAUCAGCUAUCCCAGGGUGUCAAGACACAACCAGCAAGAACGCGCGUGUAUAAGGAUAUUGACAAUCGACUUUCCAGACUGAAGGAUCAGCUAUCCCAGGGUGUCAAGACACCACCAGCAAGAACGCGCGUGUAUAAGGAUAUUGACAAUCGACUUUCCAGACUGAAGGAUCAGCUAUCCCAGGGUGUCAAGACACCACCAGCAAGAACGCGCGUGUAUAAGGAGAUUGACAAUCGACUUUCCAGACUGAAGGAUCAGCUAUCCCAGGGUGUCAAGACACCACCAGCAAGAACGCGCGUGUAUAAGGAUAUUGACAAUCGACUUUCCAGACUGAAGGAUCAGCUAUCCCAGGGUGUCAAGACACCACCAGCAAGAACGUGCGUGUAUAAGGAUAUUGACAAUCGACUUUCCAGACUGAAGGAUCAGCUAUCCCAGGGUGUCAAGACACCACCAGCAAGAACGCGCGUGUAUAAGGAGAUUGACAAUCGACUUUCCAGACUGAAGGAUCAGCUAUCCCAGGGUGUCAAGACACCACCAGCAAGAACGCGCGUGUAUAAGGAUAUUGACAAUCGACUUUCCAGACUGAAGGAUCAGCUAUCCCAGGGUGUCAAGACACCACCAGCAAGAACGCGCGUGUAUAAGGAGAUUGACAAUCGACUUUCCAGACUGAAGGAUCAGCUAUCCCAGGGUGUCAAGACACCACCAGCAAGAACGCGCGUGUAUAAGGAUAUUGACAAUCGACUUUCCAGACUGAAGGAUCAGCUAUCCCAGGGUGUCAAGACACCACCAGCAAGAACGCGCGUGUAUAAGGAGAUUGACAAUCGACUUUCCAGACUGAAGGAUCAGCUAUCCCAGGGUGUCAAGACACCACCAGCAAGAACGCGCGUGUAUAAGGAGAUUGACAAUCGACUUUCCAGACUGAAGGAUCAGCUAUCCCAGGGUGUCAAGACACCACCCCAGUUCUUAGAUGCUGUUGGCAAACUUCUGACGAUGGAUUAA